AAACAUGUUGUUGAGUGGGAAAGAGGAAUAAAAAGACAAAGAAAGGAUACACUUUCUAUAUCUGAAAGUAUUUCUUUGUUAACUAAUAUUAUCUUUGAAAGAGAAAUUUUAGGAAAUGAUCCAUCUAUUAUUUCAUUUUCUAAGCUUAAAUCUGUUGCUGAAGGCAAAAACAAUCAAUUAAACUUUUUAUUUGAUAAAAUCGAAGUAGGUAGCAUUAAUAUCCUAACAAAGUUUCUAUACAAUCAAGAAAAGAAUGAAGAAGAAUCAACAAUUUACAAUUUCAAACAAAUGUACAGAGAGAUGGUAUCUAAGGAUUUUAGGCUAAGCAGUUUCUUUGAUUCAAUUUAUAAUACAUCUUUUCCUAAAAAUAGAAGUAAUAAAAAAUUAGAUAAAUUAGAUAAAAAAUUGGCAAUUGAGUGUUAUAUUAUUUGUGACAACCAAAAUUCUAAACCAACCACAUUUAAAAAAGAUAUGUCUCUUUUUGUAGAUUUGAUGGGAGUUUCUGCAGAAGCUAUAGAUACUUUAUCACAUGCUGAUAUAACAAUUUUACAAAGGCAUCUAAAUAAGAAAAAGACAGCCAUUGCAGAUAAUCAUCCACAUCGAGUUGUUUCAUAUCUGGAAAUUAAAAAAAACAAUGUGUUAGUUCUUAAUAUCAAUGAUUACCAUAAUAUUCAUACCAAACAAAUUCCAGAUACCUGUUCAACAUCAAGUGCAGCGCAUAUAACAACCUUGUUGUUAAAUGGUGUUGAUUCAAAUGCCAUUCCAUGGAUCCUUUCCAAGAUUGCCAAAGUCAUUAGUGCCAGAAAGUCUAUUGCAUUUGAAGAUGCAUUUGUAGAUCAUAAAAAGUCUACAUAUGCGGAUAAAGAUAAUUUGAUUUUACUAACAAAAAAGGCACAAGUGUUUCUUCUGGAAAUUUUUGCAUUAUUGGAUCUUGUUGUAGACAAUAAGCAAAUGCUAUUAGGGUUCAGCAGUGAGCAUUUGCUAUCAUAUGACAAAUGUGAUCAUUGUCAUAGAUUACUAUACAACAGAACAAGUAAAAGUUCUAUAGUUAUUGCAUGCAGUCAUGAAUACCAUGAGAGCUGUUUUACUAUAUUAAAUGGAAAAUAUCACUAUUGUGAAAGUAUUCUCAAAUUAGAUAUAAAAAAUAAUGUCACUUCUUUAUUUUCAUGUUUAAGUAAAUUAGAUAAAUCAAAGUCGAAUCUUGAAGAGAUUGUUGAAGCCGAUGAAGAUAGUCCACAAGAUCAGAGAAUAGAAAAUGAAAAUGAUAUAUUAGAAGUAGUUCAGAAACAUAAGCAAGUAUUGUCAAGGAUGGAGCAAGCUUAUUCUGCAGCUCUUGAAAAAUUUUUGAAUACUAAUAUUGUGCAUCAAAAUGACUAUCAAAUUGAUGAUCAAGUGAGAUGA